AUGGGCUUCACUGUGAGAUGUCUGCUGCUGGCAGCGCUGUCGGCCUCUGCUGUGGCCGGCCCACUCCCUCAGGCUGCCCGGAGAGUCAACCAUCCCAGAUACUUGAACUCUUCUUCACCCGUCGUUGCAGCUGCCUACUCCUCAGGCACGCCCCUCGCAAUAAGUACACCGUCCACUCCUCCGGGAGUUCAGGCUGCGGACACUGGCAUUCCUUUUGUUGUGCCAGUCACCCUCCCUAGUACCAGUACGCCCGCCCCAACUGUCUUCACCUUCGUGGAUCCCUCUGGCUCACCAGUUGCCACAGUCGAUAUCUCGGCAACCCCCGAGACCACUCAGGUCGAGUCUUUGGUUUCCGCAGAGACCAGCCCUUCGGGUACCACUACGACAACCCCGGCACUGACUCCUCUAACGCCCGUUGUCACCCCGUCCACAUCUGCGGCGCCUGCAUCCUCGGGUCCGGGUGGUUUCGUAGGCCCUGAGGUCUCCGUCUCGGAGUCGGCAUCCACGACUCGCUUGUUUACUUACAAUCCUUCAACUCCCGCUGUCACACCGGAUCACAACUCGACCGCAUCCACUUCUCCAGCAGCCAGCACACCCGGGAUCAACACGCCCUCGGACACCCGUCCUUUCACGUAUUCACCUCAAACGCCUUCCACCCCGAGCAGCAGCCCCCUUAGCUCUUCUCCCCUGACGCCUUCGGCACAGAGCAGCCAAGCCAUCAGCUCCUCGCAGACCACUCCUGCGGCCCAGACGCCAACGACCCUGCCUGUCGUAGUGACUCCCAGCACACCGGUGCCCAACACUUCAACCUCCAGCUCUGCCGUUAGCUCUGUCCAAUCAAGUGCAAGCAGCUCCGCAGCAAGUGCGUCGACUUUUGUUUCAGAACCGGGUGUGUUGUACCAAACAACAACCAUAUACACCAUUGUUACCCCUGCUGCUCAGGCAGCUUCCGCCGACUCUCCUUCAACGCUGCAAUCUUCGGCUCAAUCUACGACACAGGGGUCUUCCGCGACGUCUUCACCGUCACAGCUCCCUGGAGUCCUUUACACGACAAUCUACACGACUGUUCGGCCCAACGCUGCAUCAGUGACGACAUCUGCUGAAUCGUCAACCAUCCUGUCCAGCACGACCCCUGCGUCGUCUUUGGAGUCCAGUACGCAGCACACUGAGACGAGCGCCGCUCAGACGAGUACUGCUGACACCAGCACCGUCUUGCCUAGCACUGUCGAGACGAGUGCCACGUCCACGUUCACUGCCUCACCUUCGUCUUCUGCAGCGCCCUCGUCAUCUGAAAGCCAAAGCAGCACCAGGACGGCCCUGGGGGCCUCUUCGACUGCCCUUUCAAGCACUGAGAGCACGCCGACUUCAUCUGAAACGUCCACGCCUGUGCCGGCCCCAGUCACCACUUCAACGUCUUCUGAGGGUCCCGGUAUCACGGUCAUCCCUGUAAACCCAAGCAUCUCUACCGUAUUCCUGACAAGUACUGUCACGGAGAAGGAGACCGUUACCGAGACAGCCACUGUCAAGGAGACCGUUACUGUCAAGGCGUGA